UAAACUGCGCACGCAGCUUGUGAACAAGACAGCAAGAGAGAGAACAGAGUAGGAGAGCUUUUGUUUGGGAAUGUUAGAUGGAAUUAAUAAGCCGCGUCAAUAUUUAAGUAAAAUGCUUCGAUAUCUGACAUUUCCCUGUAGCAAGUGAUAUACCAGAUUCAUGUUCAGUUUGUAUUGCUUAAUUUUAUUCAUGUGAGAAGUGUGUGAGGGGAGUCAUGGACAAUAUAUCUAGUAGCUUGAGAAAACCAGCUGUGCCUGUGGAUGGUUGUUACCGCAUAAUACUUACGUACCGGCGGUUGGUGGUUUAGAGCCAAGUAUUUUCAUCACAGUAGAAAGGAAUUGAAGGAUGUCGCUGUUUGUCAUGUACAAGAAACUGGACCGCCUUGCUGUUUGCCAAAUUAAAGGAUGAAGUAUACUGAUAUUGACAUUUUUCUACACUGGCUGUGGGGAAAGAAUGGAUCCCAUGUUUUUAUCAUAUUCUCAAGCUAAUGGGGUGCCGCAAGAGUCAAAAUUAGCAACAUACAUGAAUCGACAGAAUACCAGCACACCAACGAGUAAUGUUAGUCAGUCCAUCACCAAGAACUUGGCUGGUCUCACUCUAGACACUCCAGUAUCAUUGAAAAAGGUUACCCCUCAGGCACCUGAGUUUGUGCCAGCAGCAGGAGGUGGAGGAACCACUGGCAACACUGCAACAAGGAGUGGUUCUCCUGAUUUCCUCAACUCAUUCACUGGCAUGCCCGGUUCAGGGGGUCCCCAGGCGACAUUUGGGGGCAGGCGUAGGAGUACUGAGAGUCCUGUCCCAGUGUCUCCACAGUUAACACCUCAACCCUCACCUCCAUUGAACAAUUGUUCCCCUACUUCUGCACUUGACAAAACACCCAUAACUCCUGUAUCGACUUACCAGGAGAAUGUUGGUGGUACAACAUAUUUCUAUCCAACAACUGUGGCAGUAGCUGCAGCAGCAAGUGCAGGAGAUGCUGCAGGCCUAAACAGCAGUGGUCUGAGUACAGGUAGCCCUGUGGUGCCCUCUAUAGUAUUGCCAAGCUUUCAUAUGUACCCUGGCACACCUACACACCUGGCCACCAUUAAAGGGAAGCCUCCAUCUUCAGGUGGAUUUUAUGUGGCCAAUGAAAUACGUAUGGAAGCACUGCAUAGAAAUGCUCUUGUGCUGGUCCAGCCCGAUCCAGAACAGUUCCCAGACUUACCAAGCGAGAUUGACAACUAUCAUGAAUUGUGUCCAUUGAAACCAGUUCCAUCAAAUCCCAUGCACAAAAGCCAGCUGCUGGGUUACCCCAUGUCCACGUACAAGGCUACCAACACUAAGACUGGAGUUCGCUAUUGCCUACGCAGAGUGCAUGGAUUUCGGCUACCUAAUACAAAAUGCAUGGGUCUGGUCGACAUGUGGAAGCGUCUGCAACAUUCCAACAUUGUUCAGUUACGGGAAGUUUUUACAACUAAGGCUUUUGGAGAUUACUCAAUGAUAUUUGUGUAUGACUAUCAUCCUGGUUCAGAGACCCUGUUAAUGAAGCACUUCUCACCUUCGGAACCACUGAAUGGAUACGCAGAUCCCUUCUCAGCUGACCCAACUGCACCACGGCCGUACAGUCACCAAAAGAAUGCCCUUUUAAGGCAACAGCAUGGAGGUGGCAGUGGAAUGCUACCUGAAGGUGUCAUCUGGAAUUACAUCAUUCAACUGACAUCUGCACUCCGAGUGAUACAUGCAGCUGGUCUUGCUUGUCGCACUCUUGAUCCUACCAAAAUACUGUUAACAGGACGUUCUCGCCUUCGUCUCAGUAGUCUUGCGAUCUCUGAUGUGCUCACCUUUGACUCCACUUCCCCAAACCCCUUACAGCUCAUGCCACAUUUUCAGCAAGAAGAUCUGACUGCAUUAGGGAAAGUGAUCCUAGCACUUGCAUGCCGAUCACUUAUGGCUGUGCAACGAGAAAACAUGCAGACAUCAUUGGACCUGGUUUCUCGCACAUACUCAAAUGACUUGCGAAAUGUAAUCAUGUACUUGUUAACAAACCAACAGCAACAGCAGCACAGGAGUGUGACGGACCUAAUGCCUAUGAUUGGUGCAAGAUUUUACACUCAGUUGGAUGCCAUUCAGAUCCGAUCAGAUGUGCUAGAGAAUGAGGUGUCCAAAGAAAUGGAGAAUGGCCGCCUCUGCAGGCUCCUGGUUAAACUUGGAACUGUUAACGAACGUCCAGAAUUGAGUUUGGAUCCAACAUGGGCAGAGACUGGUGAUCGCUAUAUGCUCAAGCUGUUCCGUGACUAUGUGUUCCAUCAGGUUACAGAAGAUGGCCGGCCAUGGCUUGACAUGUCGCAUGUUGUGCAAUGCCUUAACAAACUGGAUGCAGGUGCUCCAGAGAAGGUAUGCCUCAUGUCUCGUGACGAGCAAAGCAUUCUUGUGGUGAGCUAUGCAGAAUUGAAGCAGUGUUUGGAGCAGUCUUUUGAGGAGAUUCUUAGUGCCGCCGCAAAGCCAGAUCAGAUAGUAUAGAUGGUGAUAGUCAACUACCACCCAUUACCACCCAUCCUGUAGUGCAUCACGAUUGCCCCCAUCAUUGUAGGGUGGCAUAGUUCUUCCCUUACCUGAGUGACAGAUGGCAAAGGAAGAUUGUAGGACUAUGCAUGCAUGUUGUCUCUGUGCGUGUAUUAGGUAAUGUUUCUCCUCAAAUACAUUGUGUAUGACGAUGUUCCAGAUAUUUUUCUUUCCUUUAUGCUUGAUCAUUUCUGAAACAUGGUUUUGUUAACUGGCUACAAAAAGUGAGCAAGUUUUGCAUUACUUGAGGCAUGUUUAUAACUGCCAUCCAGGGUGCUAUCUCCGGGUUGCAACUAAGAUCUGUUUGGUUGGAGUACCAACAAAGAAACAAGAUUUUUGCUCUUAGUUUUUAUUUUAUUAGUUGUGUAUUAUUUUACACAUCAGUUUUCAGAAGAGAAGAGAAGUGUGGUGUGGGGUUGUGUGUAUGUGUAUGUAUGUGCACAUAUGUAUGAUGAUAGCUCAUUGAUUUGUAAUUAAAUUGGAAAUUGUAUGUGUUUGAGUCUUUUAUUUGUGAGGAAAAGAGGGGCAAGUACUGAGUCUUCCAAGACUUGGGCAGUUUGCCUCACAUAAAGUUUACAGUAUCACGGGUCUCUAUGGAGAAGUUUAUGUUUUUGUGACAGUGAAAGACUGGUGUUCUAAGCUCAACCAGCCAGAUGACACCCUAUUGUCUGCUGAAUGUAUUUUUUCUAAACAUAUAUUUUUUUGUAAUGGUGAAUUACAAGUGGUUUCUGUGAGUCAAGCACAAAAAUGCACCAAAGGAUGUAAUGUAGCCACCAAGAGGCUGACAUGCAUGAUUACUUAUGUGUUCCAUUUUUCAAAUGACAAGACAAGUGUAAGUGCAUCUGAUAUCCUCCUGACUGAUGUGCAGCUCUUCAAAACGCCUGACGACUGCUUCCCCAAGCAAACAGGAUCGUGAAAAGUUACUACAGGGAGGAGAUUUAUGUAUAAUUUACAUUCCCUUUGAUGCUGCUUAGCUUGGAUAUGAUAAGAUAAACAAAAGCCUUUUUUCAUUACUGAUACAUAUUUCAGGUUUUUCAAAUGUCCUGAGGCACAAGCGUGCAGACAUUUUUGUCACCUCCUGUUUCUCUUUGGUGGCACAAAUCUUUUGAGUAGAGAAUAGUGUGUAUCCUGCUUAAGAAAGAUUUGGUGGACACUUAGCAGGCACCAUUUAUUGUGCAAGGAAGGUGCGGCAUUUCCAUAGCAACAUUUUCAUUUUGUUAUGCCAGCUUUGUUGUGUCAGACCUUUCUCAGCCUUCAUGUACAGUGUAUAUGUGCAUCCUAAUAUUCACUCACAUGAAGGACACAGUUAAGGCUGCAGUUCUAGAGAUUCAGUGAAACAAAAUGGUAAUAUCAGUUUGCUGCUGUGUGUGCGUGCGUACGUUUGUGUGUGUAUGCAGAGUGUGAAAAGGCGGGAUGAAGCAGGUGUAAGAUACUAGUUAAAUUUUAUUUGUGAUAUCUAAAGCAUCAACACAACAGUAUUUUCCAUCCUGUUGAGAUUAAGGUAGACAUGUUUCAGCUGAAUUUAUUGUUAGAAAUAUAAUUCAAGUACUUCCUUGUUACACUCUGCACAUUAUGUGCACCUGCUAGACUACAGUAUAUUGUCUUCCAACUGUGUCUUGCAGUAAGCAGGUGGAAGAGAUUCCAUCCAUGUUGGCCAUGGUGAUGCUGGGCUGCUUUGGUCUAGUUUCAUGAACAUUUACAUAAUCAUAAACUUGGGUUAGUAGUGAAAUUGUGUGUAUAAAAUAAGUGACAGGAUAGAACAUGUAACUGUAAUCAGUUUAGGAUGAACAUACAGAAAUGAGUUGGCCUGUAGUGGCCCCUAAAACAGAAACCUGUUGUAGUAUCAGCUGCAGCAUUUGCCAUGCGUUAUAUGAUAUUUUUUCUACAUAUUACAGGAGAUAUUAUGAGCCACCAGCUGCCCGUGAUAAAUGCUCAGAUAGUGUACAAUGUAAUGGCACUGCCAGUGGUACAGAACUGUAAAAGUAAGCUCUGUUUUGUAACAUUGUUAGUCCAUCUGGGCAUCCAUUUGUUGUGUAGGGGAAUGCAUUUUGUGCGUAAAUUUCACUUUCAGCCUCACACAUUCUGUGAACUGAAAAACAUUUACAGAAUUUGUUUUUGUAGCCCAUCACAGUUAUUAUUGCUCCUCACAAUACAGUAUCAAACAGAAACAUAGAAUAUAUAUAUACACACACACACCACUGAAGUAUUAAUAUUUCAGAAUCAUUAAAAAAUUUAAUUGCAAAAGUGCUUUGCACCAGAGGUAGCCUGAUGAAUUUCCAGCUGGCUUUUUAUAUGUUUAAUUGUACCUAGCCAACGUGUAGCAAGAUUUCAUACUUUGUUAAUUUCCUCCCUCCCCAGAAAUGUUUCUGCUUGAGUGGGCUAGGAAGGUUAAGAAGAUUCGGUCCAAUAAUGAAGUUCAAGAGAUUGGUAUCUGUAUUCUGUUCUUAUGACAAUCUAAAAUUGGAUUCACAUUUCAUUGCUUUUAGAACACAUUAUCUGUAAUGUAUGAGGAUCUGAUUUACUCACAGUAACAACAAUAAUAAUUAUGAUGAAAUUCCAUUUAGUUUAUUGUAGAUCCUCAGAAUGUUCACAUAGUAGAUAAAAUAUUUGUCUGUGAGGCUUUGGCGCUCUAGGAAAUAUUCUAUCCUGUCUCAGCUAUUGUACAUGCAACUGUCGUAUCAAUAAAUUUGUUAAUAAAUAGGAAAAUGAAUAUUUAAAUCAUAUUUUUUAUUGUAUGUGUAGUGUAUGUUUUGGCAAAUUAUUGUAUGUAGAAGCUCUGGUGGUUUUGAUACUGAUGCAUAUGAGCUGUAUGUAUCAGCUUCAGAAAACUAUGAUAUUAUGAACAUUUGCUAUGUUAUUUCAUCAGUAACUCAUCAUAUUGCUUUGUCACUGUACGUAUCUCAGUACUGGAAUUGGUUGUAUUAGAUGUGACAUCCCUGUACCUUGAGACAAGAUAUGAUACAGCCCAACAUGUACCAUGCACAGAUUGUCCUGGAUGUAUACAGAAACUGAUCAGUGUGCAGUAUAUUAUUGUGCUGGAGAUACUGCAAUAAUCUGUGAUGAUGACGAGAAAAAGAGAGAGAGAAAGUGCUGACAGAGGUACAUAUCCUAGAAAGUGUGUGUGUGUUGUAAAAACAGUGCAGGAGGUGGAGAGUAUGGGGUCAUACUUGGUUGCAGGAAGAAAUAAUUUACAAGUUGUAGUCCUGGUUUUCCUCCGUUAUGUAGUUUUAAGAUUGGGCUAUGAAAAGGAUAACUGAAUAAUUAUUAUAUAGAAAUUGUAAUUAGUCAUUUUCAUUCAUAAUUACAGGGUUUUUGGACUUUGUCCAU